AUGGAGCAAGGGCUUGCUUGGGCUCCCUCUCCAGGUGCGGGUCCUCCAAGCGCGGUUUUGCAGUUACUCUUGUCCCUUCCAUCAGAAAAUAACAUCUGGCUUUACAAGCAAGAGGAUACACAAAAUAGUUGGUCUCGUGAGAACUUCACCAGCCGGAUGAGCGUGUGGGAAAGCCACUGCGGACCGCCCGCCCCUCUGACGCAGGCUCGCGGGCGCCCGGGGGCCGGACGCCUGGCCGGGCUUCCCCUAGCGUUCCCGCUACCCACAAGGCCCCGCGCCUCGCCGCGCAUGCGCGGCGCCAACGGCCGUCUCAGGAAGAGGAAAAUGGAAUAA